CGGCGGCGGCGGUGGUGGGCGGGCAUGAGGAGGUUGUGUGGGCCUGAGUAACUCACGCUGGGCCUUCUCGUUCCUCUCUGGGGCUGUUGUAUCUCGGCUCAGCCGCAAACCCAUGAGUUUGCUGCUGAUGCUGCGGCCCUGUCCUGGGCUCGGCCCUAGCCUACCCAAAAAACGUGAAGUGAAGCUCACAGUGUGGAGCUGAUGGGGAAAACUACUGCUAAGUCAGUGAGGAAGCAGGGGUUGGGGGCUGGCCUGCUGUCGGGCUGCAGCGUGUCCCUCGGGUUGGUGCCAGAAGGGUUGGCCUUGGGUUUAUCGAUGCUGCCCUUCUUCCAGUCCCUGCUGUAGAUUCACCAAGUUCAAAAGACUCACUGACAGAAUUCCUGCUUUUAAAUUUUAUUUUUAUGCUUUUUCUUAUAUCUCAGUGCUUUUAAUUCUGCAAAGGGGCCUUCAAUCAGUACCACACCGAUACAACAGCUAUAGCACUGUGGUUUUACAGCACUGACAACAUUUAAAAAACCUCUGAGAAAGACAUCUUGGCUCUUGAGGUUUUGGCAGCUAGCCCGAUUCACCCUUUCCUAUUGCGAUGUCGGAAUGAUUCACCAAGUUUUGUUCUGAGAUGGAUGCAAAGUUUUAACACCAGCACCUCAGGAACCUCCGCAGAAGGCGCUUUCAUUGCUUCAGAGGGUCUCAGGUUCAGCUACUCCAUUACAGCCUUAGGUUACAUUCCUCAUCAAAGGCAGAGAGACCCUGCUGACAUUUUCUUGCUCCACCAGGGGAGGAUUGCUUUUCAAUGACUCGUGCCUGCUGUGUCAUGUCUGGAGCUGGAGCUGAGUGGAGCCGCUGGGAGGUUGCGUGUGACAGGCUGUGCAGUUGCAAGUCUGAUUUUGCUCAAGUCCCCUGGACUUCAUGGAAAAUAAGGUGGAUUUAGACCCAGAGGAACCAUUGGAAAGCUUGUUGGCUUAAUGAUUAACACCUUGCAAUGCUGUGGGAGUGUUAGGACAAAGAGACCUCUGGACUUGUGUGUUCUCUCCGAAGAGCAGGCAGACGCUGCCCAUGCACUGAAACACAUCCAUUCAGUAGAGGGAAUUAACUGGCAGGUUGGGGGAUCUUGGUUGCCUGAGGACUCGCCGGUGUUGGCAACGUGCGUGCAAGCCCACCCCACCAAGCAGAGCGGCACAGCCCAGCCGCCCCAGGCAGCAUGUCCCUCCGUGAGCACGCGCUGUCCCUCUUCCGCAGCGCGGUGGGCACCGUCCGCCCAGCUCCAAUGCUGAAGAGGGCACUGAAGCUUCAGGGAGAGGGGUGCCCUCAGCUGCUGGUGAACAGCCGUGCCUUCCCGUUGAAGAGGGACCUGUACUUGGUGGGUUUUGGCAAAGCUGUGUUGGGGAUGGCGGCGGCAGCAGAAGAGAUCCUGGGAGACCACCUCGUUCGGGGGAUCAUCAACGUGCCGCUAGGCAUCCAGGAGAGCCUGCAGCGAGCGGGAAUGCAGGAGAUGCUGCUGAAGCCACACAGUAGAAUCCAGGUCAUUGAAGGUGCCAAGAACAACCUCCCUGACCCAGAGGCUCUUAGGGGAGCAAAUGCCAUUCGGGAGCUGGCUGAGGGCCUGACGGCAGAUGACCUGCUCCUCGUGCUCAUCUCAGGAGGUGGAUCAGCCCUGCUGCCUGCCCCCAUCCCUCCCAUUCUCCUGGAGGAGAAGGAGAAACUCACAAAGAUGCUGGCUUCCCGAGGAGCUGCCAUACAGGAGCUGAACACUGUCCGGAAAAUUCUGUCUUUGCUGAAGGGUGGAGGGCUGGCCCGCCUCGCAUAUCCUGCUCAGGUGGUGAGCCUCAUCCUUUCCGAUGUGAUUGGCGACCCUCUGGACAUCAUAGCGAGCGGGCCCACUGCUGCCAGCUCGCACAGCGUCCAAGACUGCCUUCAGAUACUGGCCAAAUACAACCUGCUGCACAGCCUGCCCAGCUCCGUGGACGCAGUCCUCUCCAGCUCUCCCACCAAGCCCACUGCUGCAGAAGACUUCUCCCACGUUUGCAACAUCAUCAUUGGGUCAAACGCGCUGGCUUUGGCUGAGGCCAAGCGCCAAGCAGAGGGCCUGGGCUAUGCGGCCCUGGUUCUGAGCGCAGCGAUCUGCGGGGACGUUGGCCGCGUUGCUGCGCUGUACUGCCGGCUGAUCUGCCUGCUCUGCCUGCACUUGGCCGGCCUUGGGGAAGGGCCUCGGGGCGCUGAGGUGAGGGGGACUCUCCUGCAGCUGGCCACGGAGUUAGACAUCCCAGGCUUGAACAUGGCUGAGUUUCUGCAGGCCCUGCGAGGAUUGGAGCCCCAAAAACCGGUCUGCAUCCUGGCCGGAGGAGAAACUACGGUUCGGCUUCAAGGAACCGGGAAGGGAGGGAGAAACCAAGAGCUGGCUCUGCGAGUGGGGCUGGGGCUGCACGGCGCACGGGGGGUUGAGGCCAGCGGUCCCCUGGGCGAGUGUGAUGUCAUCUUCCUGAGCGGGGGAACGGACGGGCAGGACGGGCCAACGGAGGCAGCAGGGGCUUUCUGCAGCCCGGAGCUGGUGGCUGAGGCUCUGCAGGAAGGCCUCGAUGCAGAGACCUUUCUCAGCAACAACGACUCCUACGCCUUCUUCAGCCACUUCCAGCGCGGGCGUCACCUCCUGGUGACUGGCUUGACGGGCACCAACGUCAUGGACAUCCAGGUUAUUUUAAUUCGAGCCACGGACAGACCAUGAGAGCUCCCUCCGCAGAUAUUCAGAUGUAUUUAAUUAGGACCGGGGGUAAAUAAGGCUAUAAACAUUGCAGAUGAAACUACUUAAAUUAGGGCUAGCUGUCAAGGGUGCUAAUAUCUUUGACAGCAAGAGUCUACUAAUUAGACAAAAGCAAAUCCACGGUAAAAGCAUCGGGAACAGUCAAGCACUUGUAAUUGGGAUCAGAGGAAGGUAAGCAGUCACGCUGUGGACGUGGAUGUUACAUUUAGCACUUCUGCAGAGAGCCAGCGCUGCUGCGACAGCUUCAGCUGGGAGUGAGAGGCACGGAGAAAGCGAGGCCGUGGCACGGCUGCUGGGGAGAGCUCCCCCUGAUCCCGGGAGAGCCCCUGUGGAGGCAGCUGUGCGUUAGGAGCUUUCGUGGUGGUGUUUUCCGACUGGCCGGAAAACAGUCGCGCAUCCAGCCUGAGCCACUGACCUUUCUUCUGUGCCGAGGCAGAAGUCGCUGUCACUCUGAUUAACUCUGCUAAUUCUGCAGAACAAAAGGCAAGGAAGUCUCCGUGCUCAGCUCUCCUGACCCAUGCCGCUGAGCUGAUCAAAGGGCAAAGCUGCCGGAGCCUUGCUUUGACAGGGAGCUGCUCCCCCCCCUCGAGAACGCCGUGGUGAUGCCGGUUUCGCCGCUGACUGCUGUGCAGUAAGUGGGAGAGCAGAGAUGGGCUGGGUUUCCCAGGAUGGGGGGCUGAAAUUUGCCUACCUAUUCCAAAGGCUUCAGCUCAGCAGCCGGUAUGACCCAACACAUUCAACUCCUGUGAAAAAUGCGCCUAUUUGUCACAGAGCCUAAGUGGGAGCUGAGCUCCUUUGAAAAUCCAGCCCUAAUUUAAUAGGACACACUCGACUCAGACUCUUCCCAGACAGACUCGCCCGCUCCGUGCGGCUGAUCUCAUCUCGUGGUGUCACGGGGCAGUCGUCGCGUGCUCCGCUCAGAGGUGGAUGGGCGGGUGGAUUUGUGAGGAGGCUGUGACACCUCCUCCUGCUUUGCUCCGUAAGCUGCUAUCUGACGGGCAGGGGUGUUGGCAGGACUGCCAAGGGGGGCAGCCCCUUCCCCUCGCGAUCAGUGCCAGCCUGAGCUCGGUGGCAAGGAGCGAGCCUGGGGAUUUGAAAACGCAGCUCUCGCCCCAGGGGGGAACCGUAUCGCCACGUCUCCUUUGUGCUUCGGGACUGGAGGUCUUCUGCAGCAUGCCUGAGCUGGCUUAGGCUGGCAGACAGCUUGGAGAUCUGCUUGAGGAGAGCUGCCAAGCGUCACACAGCUCGUCGGGGGCUGAGGGCACGGGAGAAGCCGCUUUGUGUCGGGUGUUUUCCCUGAAGGUCACCGGUGGGCUUCCGAGCGUUUGGUUUCGCUGUGUGCCCGACGUGCCAGCCCUGCAGGCGGACAAGCCAAAAUGCCCGGUCUGGGGCCAGCUGAACUGGCUGAGCCUGGCCCCGGGGUGCUGCAAUUGCUUCUGAUCGAGUGAAAUCCAGAGUGACUCCAGCUCCAGCCGUUCCCUGGCUUCUCCUGGGAAAUCAUAGAAUCACAGCACGGUUGGGAUGGAAGGGACCUCCCAGCGCCACCCCUGCCAUGGGCCGGCUGCCCCCCAGCUCAGGCUGCCCAGGGCCCCUCCAUGGCCUGGGGCACCUGCAUGGAUGGGCACCCACAGCUCUGGGCAGCAGUGCCAGCGCCUCGCAGCCCUCUGAAAAUCAAAAAAUAAAAAUAAAAUGAUCCGGAGCAGUUUUCCUUUUUCCCAGCAAAUUUACAGUUGUCUUCAGAGGAACUGAUUUGUUCCAAAAUAACUUUCCUUCCGUCAUCUUUCUCAACAGGAGGCUUUGCAAACAGAUCUGGGGGAACUGGCGGAGACGAAGCGGCGUUGCGUUUGGCUCGUCUGUCCUUUUCCAGAUGAGUGACGUAGCCUUGUCUUUCUUCCUGCUCCUCUCCCUCGGUGUGUGCUGUGUCCGGUGGGCGAGGUGAGCGGCUCGGCUCGGUGCUCCCCUUCCCCUGGGCACUGCAAACCCGGGCAGGGCUCCCUGCUGCUCCCACACACGCCCUGAGCAGCGUCCUUGCAUUCCGAGCAGCGGCGUUUCACUCAUGAUUAAAAGCACUUUGCUGAGGCGAGGCUGAUGAAAGGUUGGUUGAGAGGAUGGAACCGUGUGAAGUGCAUUUCACAUCUACGUUCACUUGGCCUCCCUGUCCGGUUUUAUUUUUGUCCCCUUUUCUAACGAGGAACACCAGCAGCGCUGCUGGGGACCUGGGGCUGUACCUGCCUGGGACACCCGUGCUGCUCCAGCUCACCUGGGGCAAGGAGGAAACCCAGGGAGGGACUGAGAGCACGGAGCGAGUGCAGCUCCUGGCCAUCCCUACACACCCUGCACCCUCUGGGAGUGGUGUCCUCAUCCCCACGGAGGGGACAUGGGGACAGCGGUGGGAGAGCUCGCUGAGGGCUCUGCUGAGCGGGGCGGCUCGCGGCCGAGCGCCGCUGAUGGCCGGGAUGGUAACGGUGCGACGAACGGCGCGAGCUUCUGGCAGUGAGUUCAAAAUCUUGGCUGCUGCCCUUGGCUCCGCUCUUGCCUCUGAGGAGACAUUAAUAUCACAGCUCCCCAGCAUUCCCAUUAUCACUUCAUUAAGGAUCCAAUAAUGAUAAAUGCGGAUGGUUUUAUUUUGCGCCGAGCCUGAUUAAUGGCUAAUAUUUCACGAGGUGUUAAUGGGGCCCUUCCUUUAUGAAGUGAUCGGAAGGGGCCUGCCUUUAAUCUCUUCCACGAGCUGAGUAAUUUCCACUAUUUUCCUUAACGCGACAGAUUUAAUGCAAACCUUUACAGAGCAGUGGCGGCCUCUUGAGAAACUUUGAGGAGCGCGGUUUGGGGUGGCCCGCGCUGCUCCUCUUCCUCCUCCUCCUCCUGCAUGCUGGGCCACGCAGGGAAGCUGCAGUGGGACGGAGCGGGGCACCCCCGAGCUCAGCUCCUGGAGAACACGGGCUGCUCCCCGCUGCCAGACCCCAGCGCCUUGCACGGCUUCAAUCCCUAUAUGAAGCGAGGUGUAUAAUCACAUAGGAAUAAAAAGCCAUACAGGACGGUGAGGUGCUCCGUGCCGGCCAGGAUGGACACAGGGAGCCCCCGUAGCUCUUGUGGGGCUCCGUGGGGAGGCAGAGAAGCCCUGUGUGAAACAAGAGAGGUGUAUUUCAGCGCGGGGUCCUGCAGCAGCCCCGCAGGGUGUGACUGCUUGCUCCGUGUUAACGGGGCCCCACCCCUGCACCGAGCUGGAUCGAGCAUCACCGUCUUAUCCUGGAGCAUCCCCACGCUGUGCCUGCUUGUACCGCCGCUCGCGCUGGUUCAGCCCCAAACACCCCCUGCUGCAGACACCCGGUGGGGAGGAGAAGGGAUUCAUCCCGCAGCCAUCCCCCUGCACUGGAGCAUCCCCGCGCGUCCCCUCGCUGUCUCGCCGGGGAGAAGUGGAGUGAGCGGAUCCAGGGAGCUGUCAGCGCCCGGCGCGCUGCUGUCAGAGCGCAAAUCCCCUGGCAGCCCAUUAGGAGCAGCUCCAGGCUGCCCGCGGGAGCUCUUGACAGGAGGCCAGACACCGGCGCGAACAAACACGGCUCCUCCGCUACCAAGGUGGACGUGGGCGGAAUGACGCCGGGGAUCGCUUCCCCCGGGUCGCUGCCCCGGGGCACUGCGGUGCGGGAAACCCACCCGAGGCGAAGGGUUUGCGCCCGCUCUGAUCCGCACUGGGGCAUCACCUCGGGCAGCUGCAGAGGCGCGGUGCCACCCCGGGGCCCAUCGGCCCUUAGGGAACAGCAGCGCAGCCGCGUGCCGCCAAUCCAAGCCGCCGCGCGGCAGCACCGGGAAGCUCGGAUCCUCACAUCC